AUGCCCACUGACUCACGCAAGCUCCAUCGCUGCACCGUUCCUGGGUGCGGCAAGGCCUUCACCCGGGUAUCACACCUCCAAAGACAUGCUCUGAACCACACCGAAGUAAAAUGGCAUUGUCAUAGAUGCGAUACUUUUUUCAAGCGAAUAGACCUACUAGAGCGCCAUAAAGAGCGUCAUUCACGGAAAGAUGCACUUGCUGGGGGACCAGGGCUGGGCACCUUGCAAGCUCGCAGAAAGAUAAUAUGUGGCGCGGACCUAUGCAAUGAUUCAUUACAAGAAGAAGACUUGGAGAAAAUAAGAAGAUUGCAGGCCAAUGAAUCAAAAUCAACCCAGCGAAUUCCUAAGAGUGAUGAUGGAGAGCCAAUUGAUAAUGGCACUGGAAUAGAUUUGGGUGCAAAUUCAACCCAUCAGCACGAAACCCCGAAAGAGCCUCCUCCUCCUCCUGCUGCUGCUUCUGCUGCUGCUGCUAUCUCGCCGACAAACGCUCUUGACCGGGGAGAUAUGAAUUAUGAUACCAGCUUUGACUCUCCACAUUUUGAUCUCAUGGAGCCUUCAUUCUCCCCAAGGUAUACUUUGGCCGAAGUCCAUUGGGACAAUAUGGACUACUUAAGCCCUAACAACGUAGCUAGAGAGGAGGUUCUCAACCUAUUGGCCGAGAUUCAAUCGGUUUACGAAAAUAGGUCUCUUGUGGAUGAGAUCAACGCCGCUCUAUCCUUAGUAGAAAUGCAAGAAUAUCUUCGCUUGUUUGUGCAAAAGUUCAACCUGUCUUACCCCUUGAUUCACAUACCGACCCUGGAGGUUGCGAAGACCGAGUCGAUUCUUUUAUUGUCAAUGAUUAUUCUCGGCGCUAGUUACAAGACCAAAGACUCGCAUCGAAUGUCUGUCAGACUUUAUGAUGCUAUUGUUCCUUACAUUUUAAGCGGUUUGACCAGCAUCCCCGUUCCAACUUUAUCCACCUUGCAAGCGUUCUUGAUCUUGGAAAGCUAUGGAAUGUACCGCGCUGGGCCAUAUCAACGGGAAAUGGCCAUGCUUAUUCAUACUUUGUUAUUCAACACCAUCCGCCGAAUAUCGCGCUAUCACGUCCGGGGAGGAAUCAUGCUUCCCAAGCAUUUGAAACGCCCUAUAAAUUGGGAGGAAUUCGCCUAUGCUGAGCAAUACAAAAGGCUGAUCCUCUUUGUAUUUAUGUGGGAUACCCAAAACGUAUCUUGUUAUUCCUUCAUGCCUAGCAUGUCCACGCACACAAUCCAGGUUCCACACCCUUGCACUGAAGAGGCCUGGACAGCACCAUGUCCAUCCGCCUGGCAGCGAAUUAUGGAAGCUCACGAUGAGCCUCCCGACUUUGGUGAUACUAUGAAAUGGCUUGUAGAAGAUAAUGAAAAACUACAAUCUAUAAGGCUGGACUAUCUACGCUUGACUCUCCUCCUCCACGGCCUCAUGUCGAUGUGUAACGACAUGAUUCAUUUCGACAAUCGAUCGAUAUACUUGGGCGAUCUUGAAGAACAAGAAGUAUCCUGGAGGCCAUGGAGGAAGCGAAUGACUUCUGCUCUCGGGACCUGGAAGAUAAAAUACGAUGCACUGGCCAUGGCUACAAUGCAAACCCAUAUCGUCAUCAACGGUGAUAUUCGCCAAUUACUUGGCGCAGCUGGGGCAAAGGCAAUAUUUGGCCAUGCCGUCACCCUUGACGACCAUCAGGAAAGCUACCGCUGGGUCAAGAUAAUUGGGAUGCUCACGGGGUAUUCCAUUAUCCCUGGUGCCUUGUCAUCGGAACGCUCACAUGUUGGGCUUUCCACCAUUUUGGAAGUCAAGGGCGAUCUGCUUCUCUCUGCACUCAUGAGCGAGGACUUGCAAUGCCACAGGAAACAUCUCAGGCAUUGA